AUGGGACUACCAGAUAAGAUAAUGUCAGCAUUUGAAGAUCUCAAGCCUUCUCUCUCUGUUCUUGGUCUACAGAUAUCAAACAGCAAAUGUGAGCUUUACUGUCCACCAUCAGCAGAUAGUGUGGCUUGUGAACAAUUUCAAUCAAUUCCUGUUUCAUCUCACGGUUGCAAGAUUCUGGGAGUUCCCUUUGGGAACCUCUCAUUUAUUCAAAGUGUGUGUGCAGACUUUGUUGAUUCUGGAAGCCUUCUUUGCAACCAGAUUCUUCAUCUUGACGAUCCACAAAGUGCGAUGCUUUUGCUUCGACAUUGCCAUGUACCUAGAAUGACUCAUCUUGCAAGAUCCAUUGCCCCACUCAAACUCUACACUGCUGCCACUGCUCAUGAUCUUCAGACAAGACAAACAUACACAGGGCUGCUGAACUUCGGAGAAAUCUCUGAUGAGAAGUGGAUGCAGGCAACCUUACCGAUUAAACAUGGAGGCUUUGGUGUGACCUCUGUGAGAGAAAUUUCUCAGUUUGCAUUCAUUUCUAGCUGGUCACACACAUUAUCAGUUCUGCCCACACGCUUUCCGAUCAUGGAGAAGAUAGUAAACGAUCUCAUUUUUCAAAAUGACACUGACACUUCAAUUGCACUGGAGAUACAUCAGGCCCUACCAUCAGACAAGAGUCUUAGCGAGCUACUUCAAAAGCCCAAGCAACUACAAAGAAGGCUCACUCAACAACACAUGACUUCUAUUUCCAGUUAUAUGAUUGAACAUUCUUGUUCACCUAGAGAUGCAGCCCGCCUUCACUCCCUAAAGGGUAAAGGUGCUGGUGCCUGGAUUGCUGCUAUCCCAGAAUCGGCAAAUUUCGCACUUCAACCUUACGAAUUUCGUCUGGCGUGUUUGUUGAGACUGGGUCUGGAGAUACCGGCUGUGAGCUGCAUCGAGAAAUGUGAAUGUGAUGCUAAUCUGGAUAACACAGGUUAUCACUUACUCACCUGUAAGAAAGGCGGUGGUCCUGUGUGGUCACAUGACUCCAUUGUGUCCGAAUGGUCUGAUUGUUUGAGGCACCUGCAGAUCCACCACAAACGCGAACCUCGAGAUCGGUACACUGACAACAACAAUCGUCCAGACAUUGCUGUCUUUGAUGCGGGCUCAGGCACCAAUGUAGAGCUUGAUGUAGCCUUGGCUCAUCCUUGGGCAAAAGACACAUUGUUCCAAGCUUCUAAAAGGGAAGCAGCAGCAGCUGCAAACAGGGAGAACAGGAAGUUAACCAAAUAUAGUCAAGUCACUCUCCCCGGUGCGUCUUCCUUGACACUUGUUCCACUUGUAUUUGAGCAUUUUGGCCAUUGGGGAGAACGAGCCACCAGAUACCUACAGGAACUAUCAACCAGGUCGACGGAUGAUGAUGGCAAUAAGAAUGCUAAUGAAUUCAUGUGUUACUGGAGAAAACGAUUCUCAACAGCGCUACAACGUUGCAAUGCUAGGACUAUUGCAAGGAAACUAUCACGCCUUUUAUCUAUGAGCUCCAGUAAUGUAAAGAACUAUCAUACUCAGUUUUGCGUACAUUAGUUUGUGAUGUGUAUUGACCCUAUUGGGUCUCUUGAACAUUCUAAAUAGUUUUAGUUGUAAUAGCAUUCAUUUAUGAAAA